CAGUGAGCUAAGCUACACUCGGUGCUGUUUGACAAACUCAAGUGUAUGCAGUCAAUACCAAAUGCAAUAUAUUGGUACUUUGUGAUAGUCUGAUAGCCGCCAUGUCUCUACAGUUGGGUAAAGUUACCUGCAAAGGUCCACUCGCCGCUUUUGUUACUAGUUUUAUUUUCUUGUGGACUAUCUUAAUCAGCUAACUGGCGCUGUUGUUGUCAGUGGUAACCUAGCAGCCAAAGCAUCCCAUCAUGGAAACCUCUGGAUGACUGUUUACUGUCAUUAUAACUUACCUGUAGCCUAUAUUGUUAAUCUUACUGAGCGGUGUUAAAUAAUAUCAAAUAUUUGUUUUGAACGUUCAACUUAUAAGUCACAGCGUCUUGCUAGCUAAUUUAUAUAAACGAGUGAAGUUUAUUUUUGUUUUUAAUUUUGUGGAGACCGGUUAACGCACAACAUAACGCUAGUUACCAAAACAAAAUCUCAAAUGUAGUUAGCGUUAAAGCGAAACAAUGCCAAUUUUGAGGAGCACAUCGACGUUUAGCCAUAGCUUCCUAACUAUAAUGAGCUAGCUAGCUAACACUAACUAACGUUAGCUAGUUACCACUGCACUGUCUGCUCAAUUCCUGGUUAAGUCUUUAAAAAACACGCUAUGGCCAAGAUGCCUGCUGCUCUUGAGUGGGAUAAAGUGAUGAAAAUUAACCCAGUGAGCCUCCAGGACUGUGAAAAAGACCAACUGGACGAGCUCGUCGGCAUGUUCAUUUCGACAGAAGAAUGGCUGUUGAAGGAUAAAGCUCCGGAGAACAUUGUUCAAGUCCUCAGAGUGUUUCAGGCUCUGCUGAAGAUGAAGGAACUGGAACUUGAUCUUUCCUUCAACUUCAUCGACGACAUUGGCGUAAAGCAUGCUAAAAUUGAAAAGGAACUCCUCGCUAAGGUAUCAAGGCUGGAACAAGAGUGCAAGCACUCCGGCACAGGGCCAGAUACCCGCUUUCUGAGAGAUGAGAUUCGGCAGCUCGAGAACCAGCUGGAGCAGAGGGAGAAGGAGUUGACCCAGUUAAAGAAAGAAAUGGAGAAAGUGAAGAAAACAAAAGGGGAGUUGGUCGUUCGGGCAGAGGAGGCUGAGGAAAAGGUCAAGAAGCUGAAAAGAGAGCUUAAGAAGAAGAAAAAUGAGCAGCUUCAGCAGGAUGUGGACUUCUAUCGCGGAGAGCUGGACCAGAAACAGCCGGCGCAAUCCAGAGAUGAAAAUGCUGAGAUCCAGAGGAAGCUCAGCCUGGCCAACCGCCAGCUCUACCAGUGCUUGGAAGACCUUCAGCGAGCCGAGGAUGAAAACUUACACUUGAAGACACAGAAUGAACAGAUGCAAAAAAGUCUGGAGGAGUCGGUGAAGGAGAUGGAAAAGAUGACAGAUGAGUACAACAAAAUGAAGAUUGUUGUACGGCAGACUGACUCCAUUAUGGACCAGCUCAGGAAAGAGAGGGAUCAUGCAAAGCUACAAGUCAGAGAGUUAACGGAUAAGAUUCAUAACAUGACUGAGGAGGAAGACCCAAUAAUGGCAGCAGUCAAUGCCAAAGUGGAGGAGUGGAAGAGAGUGCUCUUUGGGAAGGAUGAAGAAAUUUUGGUGUACCAGCAGAUGAUCCGCGAUAUGAGGGAAAAGCUGCGUUCAGCCCAGUUGGACUUGGACAAAAGCAACACUAUUGCCUUGCAGCAGGCUGUCCAAGAAAGAGAUAAUCAAAUCAAGAUGCUGAGUGAGCAGGUGGAGCAGUAUACCGGGGAAAUGGAGAAACACACCCAGCUCAUCGAGGAGCUAAAGACGUCCACAAAGAAAGACAGAGGCCAACCAUUGACCAUACAGCAGAGAAAGAUGGAAGAGCUGAAGUCCAAGCUGGAAGCUGCAGAGACCAGAGCCUUGGAAGCAGAGCAGGCGGUAAAGUUUGCAGAAGCUCAUGCUGAGGAAAAAGACAAAGCACUCAUUGAGGCUUCAAACCGCUUGAGCCAGUACGAGUCUGGCACUUAUGGCCUGGAAGCAGCCAUCGUGGAGAUCAAAGAGUGUAAAAAUCAAAUUAGAGUGAGAGAUCGUGAGACAGAGGCCAUGACCAAAGAGAUCAACCAGCUUGAGAUGAGAAUCAAUGACCUCAUGGACGAAAAUGAGGAUUUCCGAGAAAAACUAGGUCUGGAACCAAAGCAGGAAGUGGAUCUGACAGAGUUCAGGCGAGCCAGAGAUCUCAGACAACGCCAGUACAAAGCAGAAAACCAAGUCCUCACUAAAGAGAUUGAACGGCUUGAAGAGGAGAGACUGGAGCUAAAGAAACAAAUCAGAUCCAUGGUGAAGAGAGGGAUCCCACAGUCAAGAUUGCUGCAGGAGGAGGACGUCGGACCCAACAGAACUGCACAGCUGCCACUUAAGCAAAGCAGCAUGUACACAGAUGAAGAGAUCCGACACAAAAAUGAGUACCUGGAAAAAGAACUGAGCAAGAAGGAGAGAGAGCUGGAACUUCACAAGACACAGUUUCACAUUAAAUUGGAUGAACUGUCAAAAGUGAAAAGUGACCUGGAGGCUGCAUUGAAAGAUGUUCUUCGAGCCAUGAGGAUUAACCGAGAAGCCACUCCAUCUGAAGCUGCCAUCAAUUUUCCCAGUCUGGAAAGGCUGGCUAAUGCUAUAGAUGUCAGCAACACAAGUGGGCAGUCUGAGUCAGCCCUGCACCUCAAGUCCCAAAUACAUCAGCUGGUGGGAAGAAAUGAAGAACUAAGGCAGGAAUUGAAAUCGUCCCGGGAGGAAGCUACCAGCAGCUUCAGUCAGCUUGCCAGAGCCAAAGAAAAGGUGAGCCAACUGGAAGGUGAAUUGGAGCUGCUAAGGAAGUCAGGCAGCAGUGGAGUCAUCCUCCGAUCUCUCCCCGAGGGCCUGGGGCCCAGCAGUACUGAGGUCAUCAGUUCUCUGAAUGAGUACGCUGUUCGACUGCUUCAGGAGCUCAAAAACAAGGAGGAAAAAAGCAAGAAACUUGUGGGAACACUGGAAGAAUACAAAGAGAAGUUUUCUGUUAUUAGUCACCAACAGGGACUCCUCUAUAAAGAAUACCUAAGUGAGAAGGCGGAGUGGCAAAAGAAGAAAGAGACAUUUACAGAGAUGAAGAACAAGCUGGAGGAGCAAAAGCAGGUGGAUGCUGUUAAAAUCCAAGAGUUCAAAGAGCUGCUUGACACCCUUCAGAAAGACCCAGAUGAAAUCAAGAGACAGUUGAGCGAAGUAUUGCGCAAGUUGACAGUGCUGAAGGUUAAUGAGAAGAAACUGACACGGCGCUACACCACCCUGCUGGAGCAAGAAGAGCAUCUCCGCAAGGAAAACAGCAAGCUGAGGGAUGAGAGCAUUCAAAUGCAGGCAUCUGUUACCCAGAGGAUAGGCUACCUGCAGAGAUACAAGGGAAUGGCUGCAUAUAAGAUAGCAGCACUGCAGAAAGCUUUGGAUGACAGUGUGCCCUCAUCAGAGCUGGAGAAGGCUAACAGACAGUAUACAGAGCUAACAGUCAAAUACAGAGACAUGCUACAGAGGGACAGCCGUCUGAUACAGAGAACCACCAACCUCGAGCAUUUGGAGAGUGAGAAUGAGUCUCUUCGGGAGCAAAUCUCUGCCAUGAGUAAAGAACUGGAGAUCACAAAGGAGAAACUGAAUACUUUAGAGCAAGCAUGGGACAACAUUAAUACAAUUGGAGGUGAAACCAGCAUGGGAAAGGCAGACAAGGUAUUGGCCAACAACGAGAUGGUGUCUGCCGCCAGGCAGAUUACCACUCUUGAGAUGAAGGAGCUGAAUGAGAGGCAAAGAGCUGAGCAUGCGCACAAAAUGUAUGAACAAUUGAGGAACUCCCUCAGGCAGGUGGAAGAACGGAACUUAGAAUUGGAGUCCAAGUUUGCAGAGUUGACCAAGAUGAAUGUAGAAGCCCAGAGUGUGGAGCGGGAGCUGAGAGAUGAGCUGGCAGACAGCAUCAGCAAAGCUGUGAGCGACGCUGACAGAGCCAGGAUUGCAGAGUUGGAGAAGGCCGAGGCUGAGCUUCGCAUCGAGGUUUCUAAGCUUCAAGAGGUUUCGGAUGUGGCCAUGAUGCAGGCUUCUGCUCUACAGGCCAGACAACAGUCCAAAGAGAAGGAAGUAGAGGCUUUAAGGAGACAAAUACUCGACUACCAGUCGCAGUCAGAUGAGAAGGCCCUCGUUGCGAAGCUCCACCAGCACAUUGUGGCUCUGCAACUCAGUGAGUCAGCUGCUUUGGCCAAACUGGAGGCAGCCAACUCUCACGUCCAACAGCUGGAGGCCUACAAGCUGCGUGCUGAACAGCGGCUGGACGCCAGUGAGAGCACUCUGUUCCUCGCCCGCCAAGAGGGCAGAAAUCGGGCCAAGCACCUACGGCAGACCAUCCAGUCGCUACGUAGGCAGUUUGCCGGAGCGCUGCCUCUUCCCCAGCAGGAAAAGUUCUCUGUGACCAUGGUGAGCCUCCAGGAGGACAGAGCAAAAGCAAAGGAAGAGAAGAAGAAGGCUGAGGAAGAGAGGAGGAGGGCAGAGGGCAGGGCGGAGGAACUGGAACUGAGACUUCGAGGCCUGGAGGAUCUCAUCUCAACACUGAAGGAUGUGAAAGGAGCCCAGAAGGUAACUGAGUGGCACAAGAAGAUGGAAGAAGCUCGUUUGCAGGAGCUGAGGAAAGGCAGGGAGCUAGUGGUUCAGAAGGAGGAGAUCAGGUACCUGAAGAACCUUGUGGAAGAACAGGAGCGAACCAUCCGUUUGCUGGAAGAAGAUACCGUGCAGCAAGACAUGCUUAAAGAUGAAUGCCAACUUUCAUGGGAUCAGCGAGAGGUGGAGCUGGAGCGCCAACUGGAUCAGUACGAGAAGCACCAGAAUGAAAUUCUAAGCAGUGCGGAAAAGUAUGAGGAUGGAACAGGAUCCCUACCAGACCAGAAUCUACCUCUUGCUCAUCAGUUAGAGUUUGCUUUGGGUAAAAUCAGAGAGCAUGUCCGCACCAUCUUGGACACACAGGCUACCUGCAAAUGUUUGGAUGAGAAGUUGAAAGAGAAAGAAGCAGCUCUGUGGAAGGCGGAGCAGAACAUCGUGUCCAGGGAUAAAGUGAUCAAUGAGCUGCGUCUUCGGCUCCCAGCUGCAGCUAACAGAGAACGCCUGCUUGCUGACCUUGCCAAGCACGAAGAGGGCCAGUCAGACAGUCAGCCUGCCCUCAAGCUGGCUCACCAGACCAUCAAAGACCUCCAGGGUCGACUUGACAAAAAGGAGGAUGUGUUAAAGAAAUACCAAAACCAGUUGGCUCAAGCCAGAAAGGACCAAGAGGAGAUGAUAAAGAGACACCAGGAGGAGCUGAGAACGUUGCAUCAGAAGUUGGACAUGCAGACGGACACCUCCCUGGACCGCUUUAAACAGACAGCAAUGGAACUGAUGAAGAAGCCCACUAUCAUGGUGCCAACCACCAAGCAUCUGGAGCGUCUGGCUGAGUUGGAGCAGACGGUGGCUGAACAGGACAUUUCGCUCUCCUCUGUCACAAUGAAGCUGAAUCUGACCACUUCUGAGCUGGAGCGACAGAAGGCCGCCAUGGACACGCUGGCUAAGAAACACGCAGACGAGAAGUCAAAGCUGGAGGAGCAUUAUGCUGCCCAGGUGAAAGCUUUGACUGGCGAGACUGAGGAUCAGAGGAGCCAGAUGGCCCAGAUGGAGAAGGAGAUAAACUACCUGCAAACUGAGUUGGCAGCACAGAAGGAGGCCAACGUCCGCUCCCCCAGCAACACCAUGAAAAAGCUGGUGGAACGACUGAAAGCGCAGCUCACCCAGAAAGAGAAACAGCUCAAGUCUCUCAGUAAGGCUCUGUUGGGGCUGCGGGCAGAGAUGACAUCUGCUGCAGAGCAGCAAAUUAUAGUCAGCGCUGCACAAAAAGAGGAGAGUCUCAAUGUACAGAUGCUGGUUGACAGACACACCAAGGACCUAAAGGUGCGGGUGCAAGAACUCAAUGAAGAACUUCAAGCUGCAAAGGAGUCUGUCAAAGCAGCCAGAGGCCGGGAGAACACCCUGAAAGAGGAAGUGGACAGUCUGAACCAGGACUUCCAGAGGAGUCAAAAAACCCAGAGACGCCUGCAGGCUGAAAAGGAGGAGAGAGAGCAGGAAAUCCAGGAGCUCAAGCAGCAAAUCAAGAGGCUCAGCAGCGCCCUUCAGAAUCAACCAGAACCAGAUGGGCAGGGGCUGACCAUUGAGAAUCUGCAGAAGAAGAUCAGGAGGCUGGAGUAUGACUUGGAGAAGAGAACAGAAAUGAAAAAUGUCAAAGAUGAUCAUGGAAAGAAUAGAGAUGAAAUUGUGCGUUGGGAGGAGGGAAAGAAAUGGCAGGCCAGGAUGGAAAAGGUGAAGAAUUCACUGAAGGAGAAGGAACGAGAGAAUGAAUCACUGUCAAAACAGCUCAGCACUCUUAAAGACCUCUAUGCCAGAUUGGAGCAAGAGAGGAGUGCAAUGCAGCAAAAGCUGAAGGCUCGAGGAGUCACUGCUGAUCAGGUGAUGGGAGUGCGAUCCACUGAAAUGGAGAGGGAGAUGGAGGAGCUGAAGAAGAAGAACUUAGACCUGGAGAGACAGAUCUUCACCAUAAAACAGCACCAGGCUUUACCCCGUGAUGACGCCAUGGAGAAUCUGAGCCUGAGGAACCGCUACCUGGAGGAGAGACUCCAUUCCUUAGAGAGCCAGAUAUCAAAAGAGCCUCUAUCAAGACCCUCUUGUGUGUACUGCGCCGCUCAACGUCUGUCACUGAGCAGUUCCCAUUCUUCAAAGGGAAAAAGGUCCCCCUCCCGUGCUUGGAGAGGGAUUUGUUCUGUAACUUUUGAUGUUGAGGAUGGGCCACGCGAAGGGAAUGCAGCACUUCGUCCUGUUAACUCCUACAGCCGCUCUGUUAGCCAAACCCCAGCUGACCAACAGAGGGAACCCAACCCAAGCCAGAUCAAGAGAAAAACUCAAACCAGCUUUGUGGGAGCAGGGGAUGUUCGCAAUAAACGGGACCAAUCAAGUCCUGAUGUUGCACAAAACGCAGCAGCAGGCAAAACAGAUGUGACCAGAGAAGAUGAUGUUUCAGAAAAUGAGACAGAAACAGAAGCAGAUGUUUUAGAAAGUACACAAGACAUCCCAGUUGGUUCUGAAGUUCAUGUGGGCGAAGAAAAGGAAGAAUCACAGACCACAAAAGGAAGUGAGCCAGGUGAUCUGUCAGAAAGACCAGGAUCAGACAUGUCAUCCCCUGAGCCAGCCACGGGAGCAACAGGCAGGCGGCUGAGUGAAACAGUGAAUAAACAGGGUACUGGGGAACUAGCUGAUCAAGAUACAGAUGAUGAUGAAUUGGGAAUCAAGAAGGAAAUGCCAGAAGAGGCUGAGACUACAAAGGAGUCAACAGAGGAAGAUAAUCCAGGAAAGUUGUGCUUAGCAGAACCAGAUGUGGACUCCAUACGGUGCAAAUACCCAGAGAGGUUUAUCAGUAAAAAAAAGGAUGAGCGUGUACGAAAACGAGAAAGCAGAUCUCUUAGCUAUCUGAAGACUUCAGGACGAGGCACUGGCACUCCCUCACAGAGAGAUCAGGACCUCCAAAAAGAAAACCUCAAGCUGGCCUCUGAGAACCUGGAGCUGCGCUUUCAGUUGGAGCAGACCAACAAAGACUUACCAAGACUCAAGAAUCAAGUUGCAGACCUGAAGGAAAUGUGCAGCGUGCUGAAAAAGGAAAAGGCAGAGGUGGAGAAAAAGCUGGCACAGCUACGUGGAGCUGGCCACAGCGGUAAAACAGUACCUGAACUUGAGAAGACCAUUGGGUUGAUGAAGAGGGUGGUGGAGAGGGUGCAGAGGGAAAAUGAGACGCUAAAGAAAUCCAGUGCACCUACAAAUCAAGAAAAGGUUGCUGCCUUGGAGCAAGAAAACGUAAAACUAAAGGCUGACUAUGAGAAACUGAAGAGUCAAAGUGAAGCUGAGCUGACUUCCAAACUUGAAUCUAAAACUAAAGGACUGGAGAAAAUAGUCAUGGAAAAUGAACGUCUACGCAAGGAGAACAAAAGGGAAAUUGAAGCUGCAGAGAGGCUGAGAGUGACCAAGACGAGUCUGGAGGUGACGAAUGAGAAGCUCGAGGCAGAGCUGGAAGAAACCAAGCACAGACUGCGGGCAGCUCUAUCCAGACCCAUCACAGAACGAGCGGACAGUAAGGCCUGGAAGGCAUCUGUGGUGACGAGAAUGUUUGAGAACAAGAUGAAUGAGCUUGAGAAAGAGCUCUCCCAGAAGACCUCCAAUCUCACUGAGCUCAAACAGCAGCUGAAGGAGGUCAAAGAGCGGGAGGAGAGAGCUCAGAUAAAUGUUCGGCAACUUGAAGAUCAGGUUGACAUGUUGAAAAGAUUUCCUACCGCUGCAAAGACAGGAGGAGGACUAACCAAGGAGCUGCAGUCAAUGAGAUUGGUGAACACUGAGCUGCAGAGGGAGAACACAGAGCUGAAACAAAAGCUGAACGAGUACAGUGAGCGUUAUGGUGAGACAUCUUCUAAACUAGACUACGGGAAGCUCAAAAACCUUCUGCACGCAGCCGAAACGGAGAAAACUAGACUUCAAACUGAGGUUAAAAAGCUGAAGAAAGAACUGGAGAGCUUCGACCCGACAUUUUUUGAAGAGAUUGAAGAUUUGAAAUAUAAUUACAAUUUAGAGGUCAAGAAGAACAUUCUGCUGGAGGAACAGCUCAAGAAGGUGUGCGAUCAGUUUGGUGUAAAGGUUGAACUGCCAAGCUCGUCCAUCAGUUAGCUCAGGGUUACUGUGCCUUUUAAUGAAGCCAGGACUGUUAAAACUACACCUGAAUGUCAUUCUAUGCUUGUCGGUCCUUAAAAGUGGACAUUAUUGUCUCUAUUACCUCUGCAGGUACAUUCCUAUUUAGAUCUGUGGGGCUGGGUAUCAACGUUCAAUACAAUGUUGGUAGUGAGUAGUGAAAACUGUCUGAUCGGCAGAGAUGCUACGACGGGGAAUUUCAGGGCCAAUAGUCAAUAAUUAUGUUUGUUGUGGCUGGUGAAGACAGUAGUUAUUUAUGGACUGACGUUUAUUUUUCUAAAAUGACAGUGAUUUUUAGAGAGCCUUUAUCCACCCUAGAAUGUAAGAUUAAUUUAUUACAAACUUGUUUAUAGGAGGUUUAUUAUUUUUUAUAUGUACACUAAUAUCAGACUGUAUCCUUGUUUACUUAUUUUUUGCCAUUUAUUCUUUGAUAGUUCCUGAUUUCAAUCAGAAUGUUGCCAAUUCUCAAGCAAAUAGCUUUACUUUGCUAGAAAAUGUCUCUUUACAGGAACUAAGAGUAAAGUUGACCGUCUGUCAGUGAACUGAUGUAACUCUUACUUUCUUCCAUAAGGCAGCUGUUUAUUGUUCAUACUAAACCCUGGCUUUGGUGAUGUAACUCAUUAUGUUGCAUAUUUAUUUCUUUAUAUUUGUACAUUUCUGACACACUGUGCUUCUAUGUAUUUGUCAAUAAAGCAGCUUUCAUAUUAA